AUGAACAACGCGCAGUUCCGCAAACUCCUCGAAACCCCUCGCUCCGAGCGUCCCAACAAUGGCGGUACAUCUGCUACCCCCAGUCUUGGUUCCCGCCAGCGUUCCUCAAUGCCCAUGACCCCGCGCUCCGUAGCGACCCAAUCCGACUUUGCGAAACAAGUUGCCGCCCAUAACGCCGCUCUCAAUCCGAAGCCCGCACGGAAAUUCCGUUCUUCCGCCGCCCCUUUGGGUACAGCUUUACCUGAAGGAUACGUAGACCGUUCGAAGACCCGCGAUGACGGCGCAGAUGAUGAGCGCCUCGAAGCACUAGCAGAACUGGCAAAAGAAGGAAAAAUAGAUCGUGACGAGUAUGUGCGCCAGACAAAGCUUCUCGGGGGUGAUGUCAAGAGUACACAUCUGGUCAAGGGUCUCGAUUUUGCACUACUAGAGAAGAUUCGGCGCGGAGAGGACGUCAUGAAUAAAGACCAGGAGAAUGAUGUAGGCAUGGAAGAAGAAGAGGAAGAAGAUGUGGAGGAUAAGCUCGAGAAGGCGCUCGAGAGCGAGGUUGUGGUGGCCGAGAAGGAAAAGAAGGAGAAGAAGGGAGUAAAGGCAGCGCCGGUACCGAAAACGCGAGCUGAGAUCCUGGCGGCACUAAAAGAGUCACGGAGAGCGGCAAAAGAGGCCGCCCAACCGGCAUUGGGCGCAAAGUUUCGAAAGAUCGGUGAAGUGAAGCCGAAGGAAAAACAGAAGCCGGUAGAACCAGAACGGGAGAAGGUGAAGUAUGUCACACUUCCGGACGGCCGUGUCAAAAAGAUGGUAAAACGCGACAAGGGGAAGAAGGCAGCUUUAGAAGCUCCAGACCCAACGAGUGCGCCGUUAGGGAUGAUGCCACCACCUCCGAGGCCGGGGGUGCAGAUCAAAGAGGACGAAGAGGACGAAGAUAUUGAUAUCUUCGAGGGUGCAGGGACGGAAUACAAUCCUCUCGCCGGCCUACAAGACUCUGACUCUGAUUCCGACUCUGAUGACUCGGAUCGCGAGCCCGGAAGUAGCAAAAAGCUCAAACCCGACAACGACGAGAACAUCCCGCCUCCACCACCAACAUCAAUGCCUCCUCCACCACGACCAAAACUAAAUUACUUUGGCGACGAACCCAGCAGCAGUUCCUCAUCACGAGAGCAAAAGUACCAACCACCUACCGCUAGCUCACUCCUCUCCGACCCCGCUCUCGCAGCAGCUCUUGCAAAAGCCUCAAGCCUCAACCCAAUCUCUUCCUCCUCUACCACUUCAAGAGAAGAUGCAGAAAAAGCAAAACGCCAUGCGGCACUCCUUGAAUCCGCAGAUCGUGAUGCCUUCGACAUUGACUUCGGCUUUGGAGGCAGCAGGGACUUUGGCGACGAAGACGAAGAUGACGGCUACCAGGAGAAGAAAAAGGGUUCUGGAUCGAAACGGAAGAGAGGUGGCGGUGCAAAAGUGAAGAAAGGUGAUAAGAACGAUGCGGGAGUGGUAGGGAAACUAGUCGAGGAGAGGUAUGGGAAAGGGAAAGGGAAAGCCUAG